CCAGUGCAGAAGGCUCCAGCACAACAUCUCUUUGACUUUAUUUUACCAACAAAGAAACCUGGUAAGUACUGAUCGCCGGUUUGGGUAAACCCGUCCAAGUUCCUCAAGCGGUAACAAUCAAAGCCAUAAGCAACCAAAACCAAAAUUCUCUCUCCAACUCUGGUUGCCGCUGUCAGCUGCGUCGCCCCUUCUGUUGAUGUGCUGCGCCGUAACUCAUUUAUUCUGCUUCUCUAUUACGAUGCAAAACUCUACCUGAAAUGCGCAAUGGAAAAACCCUCUCUUUGACUAUCCUUGGAACAUCAUCCGAACUCGUAAAUAUCCUUCUCGUGGCAUCCCUCUCUAAAACCCUCUCUGUGUCGGGUACUCGAAACCUCGACGCCAAUUCCAUCCCACUCUCCGAAUCGCUCGUCCUUCAAAUCCUCCGACGGAACUCCCUCGAUACCUCCAAAAAGGUUGAUUUUUUCAGAUGGGCUUCUCUCAGACCCGGUUACAAACAUUCUUCGAACACUUACUCACAGGUCUUCCACGCCAUUUGUCGAGCUGGGUGCCUCGACGAACUCCCACCUCUGUUGCAUUUGAUGAAGGAAGAUGGUGUUGUUGUUGACUCUGCCACUUUCAAGCUGCUGCUUGAUACGUAUAUCCGUUCGGGUAAGUUCGAUUCGGCUCUUGAAAUACUGGACGACAUGGAAGAACUAGGAACUAGUUUGAAUCCCCACAUGUAUAAUUCUGUUGUUGUUGCUCUGGUUAGGAAAAACCAGGUGGGCCUGGCUCUUUCCAUGUUUUACAAGCUUCUAGAGGCUUUAAAUGGUGAUCGUGCCACUGUUCCUGAUGCUAUUGCCUGUAAUGAGCUGCUUGUUUCUCUGAGAAAGGCUGAUAUGAGGAUGGAAUUCCGAAAGGUCUUCGAAAAAGUGAGAGAAAAAAGUGGGUUUGUGAUGGAUACACGGGGUUAUAAUAUUUGCAUUCAUGCAUUUGGUUGUUGGGGUGAUUUGGGCACUUCUUUGAAACUCUUUAAAGAGAUGAAGGAGAAGGCUUUGAGUUCGGGGGGUUCGCCCAGCCCUGAUCUGUGCACGUAUAAUAGCCUAAUUCAUGUCCUAUGCUUGGUUGGGAAGGUGAAGGAUGCCUUGAUUGUUUGGGAGGAGUUGAAAGGAUCUGGGCAUGAACCUGAUGCUUUCACAUAUCGGAUUCUCAUCCAAGGGUGCUGCAAAUCGUAUAGAGUGGAUGAUGCAACAAGGAUUUUCUGUGAGAUGCAGUACAACAGUUUCCAUCCUGAUACUGUUGUUUAUAAUUCUCUCCUUGAUGGGCUGUUCAAGGCGAGGAGAUUGACAGAAGCCUGCCAACUCUUUGAGAAGAUGACUCAAGAUGGUGUCAGGGCAUCAUGUUGGUCUUACAAUAUUCUCAUAGAUGGUUUGUUUAAAAAUGGAAGAGCUGCAGCUGGUUAUACUCUUUUUUGUGACUUGAAGAAGAAGGGACAGCUUGUGGAUGGUGUCACCUACAGUAUUGUCGUGCAGCAUCUCUGUAAGGAGGACCAGCUUGAGGGAGCAUUUGAUCUGGUAUCAGAAAUGGAAGCCAGAGGCUAUGUUGUCGAUCUUGUCACGAUUACAUCUCUGUUGAUUGGUCUCCAUAAGCAAGGUAGAUGGGAUUGGGCAGACAAACUCCUGAAGCAUGUUAGGGAUGGUACUCUGGUGACUAAUGUUAUCAGAUGGAGAUACAGUAUGGAGGCUUCCAUAAGAGACCCAAAAAACAGGAAAAAGGAUUUUACAUCUAUGUUCUCAUCCAAAACUGAUGUAACUGAGAUCCUAGGGUUGACAACUCCAUCUCCCAAUGAUCCAGCGGGUUCCGGUGUUGGUGCCACAGAUGGGGGUAGUCAAGGUGUGGAGAAUCCUCAUGUUAUUACUGAUCAGUGGUCUUCGUCCCCUUACAUGGAUAAACUUGCCAAUGAAACGAAGGCUGCCAAUCAGCCGUUUUUAUCUUUUUCAGUGUCUAGGGGGCAACGAGUGCAGGAGAGUGGGAUUGGAUCUUUUGAUAUCGAUAUGAUCAAUACAUACCUGUCAAUCUUUUUAGCAAAGGGAAAUUUGAGCUUAGCUUGUAAGUUGUUUGAGAUCUUCACUGAAAUGGGUGUUAACCCCGUGUGUUACUCUUAUAAUUCUAUGAUGAAUUCAUUUGUGAAAAAAGGUUAUUUUAAGGAGGCUUGGAGUGUUCUUCACGAAAUGGGAGAGAAGCUUUGCCCGGCUGACAUCGCGACAUAUAAUGUAAUAAUUCAAGGCCUGGGGAAGAUGGGAAGAGCAGAUCUUGCUAGUGCUGUUCAUGAUCAACUGAUGAAGCAUGGUGGUUGUCUUGACAUUGUGAUGUACAACACAUUGAUACAUGCACUAGGUAGGGCUGGUCGGAUUGAUGAAGCAAACAAUUUGUUUGAGCAAAUGAAGAAAAGUGGGAUUAAUCCUGAUGUUGUUACUUUUAAUACACUCAUUGAAGUUCAUAGCAAGGCUGGUCAAGUGAAGGAAGCAUAUAAGUUUUUGAAAAUGAUGUUGGAUGCAGGCUGCUCCCCCAAUCAUAUCACUGACACAACUCUGGAUUUCUUGGAGAAGGAAAUUGAGAAAAUUAGAUAUCAAAGGGCAUCAAUCAAGCGACACAGCAACAGGGAAAAUGGUACUUGAUGGUCAGGUUUACAACGUUUGUCCAUAAUGUUGGUCCUUGAAGAACCGAGGACAUUUGUCUCACAACUGACUAUCCUUAAGGGAUGGAUUAAAAUCUCCUUCUAUGAAUGCUGUUUACUCAUUGUUCUACUGCUUCUAAAGCAGCCACCAGAUUUAAUUUAUUCAUUGGGAAAUUAUCAGAUAAAGAAAGACAUAGUGACGGCAUAAUUGUACAGGGUUCCACAAUGGCUUGGUUUAGUGCAACUUCUUUGAAGUGUAGUUGAUUUGUAAUUCAUUGUUGAUUGCAAACAUGAAGAAUAGUGGAUUAUAGAAGUAAAGUGGAGGUCCUGAUAAGGAGAAGCAUCUUAUUCUCUUCAUUGGAAGUAUGCAAUGAGCAUAUCCCAGCUAAUUCUAUCUGUGUUUUGUCCAUAACUGCCCUUUUUUACUUUUGUUAGUGAUGAUAUUUAUUAGUGGACAUUUUUUGCUUUAGCAGUUUUUCCUUUGGCUAGAAUAACAUAAGGUGUCUUCUACUUCAUGUUUCGAGGGAGCAGUGGUUGAAUCACCUGUGGGUUCGGAUCUACUUCGGUUUGCCCAUAGAUUCUGAUUGCCUGUGUUGCAGCCUUUUGUUGCUGAGAAAGUAUGCUGCUGUGAACUCGGUAAAGAGUGAGAUUCUGAUCUAUGGCUGUUGGUGGGAAAUUAAAGGCCAUAUGUUCCGUUUUUUCCGUUCUCAAAUGCAAAUUCAGAAAAGCAGUUGUGGCAGCUUCGAUUUGUUUGAGGGACUGGUUGCGAUCAUAUGAAACUCUUAAGUGAUAUUCCUGGUCUUUUUUGAGUGGAGCACAACAAUGAAUAUGGUCUCAGAACUGACUCAUCUGGUCUGCUGCUCAUAAUUUGUAUAAAAUCAUGGGUUGUAGGGGUUUUCAGAAACAACUGGUUGUGAUCAUUAUAUUUGUAAACAGUUAUGAAAGUUGAGACAGCUUACUGGUUGAUGGAAUUGUGGUGUUUGUUCUAAUUUUAUCAUUGGCCAAUAACAAAAAUAGAGCUUUGAAAAUCCUAGUCUAUGGAAUGACUACAAAAGAUGCAUGCCAAUACACUGACCGCGGAAAAUACAUGGGUGCAUAAAUGAGAGAGUAUUUAAUUGGGCUAGAGUCUGUAAUCGGACGUCGUAUGGCAAAACUACAUGUUACAACCUGAUAAACUUAUCUGGUUAGGUCGUGAAGUGACAAUUUUCCCAUACUGUAGAACUGUUUAUUUAACAAUUUGUAAAGUAUUACCACCC